UCAGACAGAAGCUUCAAUGUGUUUCAUAUCUGCUGGAUUUUAGGGUUUUCCGGGGCCGCUGCAUUUAUUCCAUUUUUAUAAUUAUUUCUCAAUAUUUGGAAAGCUCGCCUUGAUUUGGUCGGGUUUGUGGCCGCUUCCGCACCACCGCAACAGAUCUCGUUUUCGAACCUGAAAGCUAAUGCAGCCUGCUAUGUGCGUAAUGUGUCACAGCGAAGAUACACUGUAAAUAAAGGGACACGUCCAUCUGCAAUUGAGAGAGGAGAAAAGAAGACGUUGAUCAUGGCUCCACCAAAUUUAACGUUCAAAUGCUCGGCUGCGAUGGCGAAGUCAGUUCACUCUGUAAAAAUUAUUCUCUGGGUAUUUCUAAUCGCUAAUCUUCCUACAAGCUCUCUCCAAACUGAAAAUGAUGAUGAUGAAGUGUCGAAUAAAACGUGGGUGUUGACUCCCAAAGUGUAUGAGAGCGAUGUCACUCACAUCUUAAACAGCUUAUUGCACGGCUAUGAUAACAAGCUGCGACCGGACAUAGGAGUCAAACCAACAGUGAUCCACACUGACAUGUUUGUUAACAGCAUUGGUCCAGUAAAUGCCAUUAAUAUGGAGUACACCAUUGACAUAUUCUUCGCACAGACAUGGUACGACAGGAGGCUGAAGUUCAACAGCACGAUGAAGGUCCUACGCCUCAACAGCAACAUGGUGGGCAAGAUCUGGAUCCCUGACACCUUCUUCCGCAACUCCAAGAAGGCAGACGCCCACUGGAUCACCACACCCAAUCGCAUGCUGAGGAUCUGGAAUGACGGGCGGAUACUCUACACACUCCGGUUGACCAUCGAUGCCGAGUGCCAGCUUAAACUGAACAACUUUCCAAUGGAUGAGCACUCCUGUCCCCUGGAGUUCUCAAGCUAUGGUUACCCCAAAGAGGAGAUCAUCUACCGGUGGAAGAGGAGCUCAGUGGAAGUGGGAGACAUUCGCUCCUGGAGGCUCUACCAGUUCUCCUUCGUAGGGCUGAGGAACACCUCUGAGAUCGUGAAGACCGUGUCUGGAGACUACGUGGUGUUGACGGUCUUCUUCGACCUGAGCAGGAGAAUGGGUUACUUCACCAUUCAGACUUACAUCCCCUGUACUCUCAUCGUGGUCCUGUCCUGGGUGUCCUUCUGGAUCAACAAGGAUGCAGUCCCUGCCAGAACAUCAUUAGGAAUCACCACCGUCCUGACCAUGACCACGCUCAGCACCAUCGCCCGGAAGUCCCUCCCCAAGGUAUCCUACGUGACCGCCAUGGACCUCUUCGUGUCGGUCUGCUUCAUCUUCGUCUUCGCCGCCCUGAUCGAGUACGGGACGCUACACUACUUUGUCAGCAACAGAAAGCCCAGCAAAAACAAGGACAAGAAGAAGAGAAAUCCCCUCCUUCGGCUGUUUUCUUCAAAGCAGACGCCCACGGUGGACAUCCGCCCGCGGUCAGCCACGGCGAUCCAGAUGAACAAUGCCACGCACAUGCAGGAGCGGGACGAGGAGUACGGGUACGAGUGUCUGGACGGGAAGGACUGCACCAGCUUCUUCUGCUGCUUCGAGGACUGCCGGUCUGGGGCCUGGAGGCACGGGCGGCUACACAUCCGCGUGGCCAAGAUAGACUCGUACGCACGCAUCUUCUUCCCCACGGCGUUCGGCCUCUUCAACCUGGUCUACUGGGUCUCCUAUCUCUACCUGUAGACCCGCCGAGGCUUAGCCGGCCUCCGUCCGCUCCUUGCAAGACCGUAUCUUGGUUUUUUUUCGUUUUCGUGUUAUUAUUUUUUGGCCUAUUGAAAUCAGAAUUUUAAAAAAGCAAGCUUGCAGUUGUGUUGUUUUUAUUUUUAUUUUUUUUAUUCGGUUUUUUUCCAAUCCAUUUCAAAACCGUUUGCUUGUUUUUGAAUCGCUCUUUUGUCCAAGUGGACGAAGCAAAUGCUGUAGCAAACCUGAAGGGCAGGGUGGGGAGUAGGGGAGGGGCACGAGGAGAGCCAGGCCUCUCUGAAAGGGCAAAAAAGGAGCACAAAUCGGACAAAGACACAUGUCCGACAGACAGCCCCGUUCUCCCAGUCAGACUACUUCUCUGCGGAGGGCAUAAAUACCAUUUAUAAUAUGGCGAUAAAAAGCAAUAAAACUGAUAUUAUUAUUAUUAUUAUUAUUAUUAUUAUUAUUAUUAUUAUUAUUAUUAUUAUUGUUGUUGUUGUUGAAGGGCAUGGUUGCAUUGUAACAGUUUACAAAGCCAGUGCCUAAAAAUAAUAUCAGUAUUCAUAUCAAAAACCUCUUAAAGGAACCAUAUAGUAUAUUUCAUAUUUUGUAAAUGAUGUCAGAUAAAUCAAAUUGAAAGGGGAUUAUAAUGCACAAAGUAUUAAUAACGUAUUUUCACCAUUUUACAGCCCCAGCCCACACCCACCCUUUGGAAAAUGUUUUAAGUUUAUUAUUUUAUUUAUUUUCUGGAAAAACAUAUCUGUUCAUCUUCCCUUUUUCUCAUAUGGGUUGUUUAAAUUUCCAGAACAUUCUUACAGUACAUGGAAAGAGAAUAUUUUGAAUAUAAUAGUUCAGCAAAACUGGAUUUAACAAAGCACUUUACCAGUGGGAAGAAUUACAUAGUAUUAUUUUGCAAUCUGUACUAAUAUUUACACGACAGUUGGAAGUUGAGAGUGGGCAGUGGAUUCUUGCUUUUUAAUGUGUGGUCAGGGCUAGAAAAAAAUAUAUGGUCUAUGAUCAACUGUACAGACACUGUAAAUAUUUUAAUAUACUGUAGUGGUUUAUAUCUAUUGCAUGCACCUUUCAGGCCAAAAAUAAAUAUAUGUAUUGAGGUCUUCUACUGUCGUCUAUGGAAUAAAAAAAAAACUGCUAUACAUGCAAUUCAACGUAAUCGGACCUUAAAGAUUAAUGAGAGAAUAAAACAAAAUUCAAAUACUGUCCAUUAAGAUGUUGGCCAUUGUCAUGAUAUGGUUCUGUUGAAACCAUGCUGUUCACUAGCUUACAGCAUUAUGACAACUGACGUCGCAAAUAUGAGAUUUUCUCUUCGAUUCUUCUAAAGACACAACGAUUACUUCCCAAUCCUUAUCAACGCUGGCUUGGCAACAGAAAAAGUAAGCUUGUUCAGUUCUGAUGCAAGUAGAGAAUGCAUAAAAUCGAGCAUAUGAUUUACUAAUAUUUCUGAAACAUCAUAAAAAUAUCAUUGGGCCUCAUUCACAAAACAUGCAUAUGAUCAAAUUUGAUCUAUUUAGAAUGCUUUACUAUUCAUGUAAAAUCAUUUUAAAUAGUUACAGACCUCAUGUAAACGUGUUUAUCCAUAAUUAUAGUAGUAUCAUAUAUAUUUAUAUUAAGUAUGUUAUUGAUUUUAAGUACAUUAGAAUAACCUGGAUCUGGAUAACCUCAAAUGCAUUUAUUUUUUCUAAAAGUGAUUUAUGAUGAUGAGGAUAUGAUAUAAUGAUAAUGAUAAAGACCCGCAAGCAGCCAACCAUUUAGCAAUGUCAUAUUUGCUGCAUUUGCAUACUUGCUAAUCGUGUUUUGGGUGGGGGAAGGCACAUCUUUAGGGGCAGUGCAUAUGUUUGCACACAAUAGGUAGUAGGGCAGGUGAUUCCUAAUGCACAUCAACAUGAACAGGCGUGCACAUUGAAUUUACCAGCCAUUGGCAUCCGUGCUCUCAUACCAAUGGGAUGAAACCCAAGAUCUGCAUUUCAUGCAUCCCUCAUUGGUUUUUCGUAGGAACUUUUUUAAGAACAAAAGUUAGACAGAUUUUAAAACGUUUUCUGAAUGAGGCCCAUUUCGUUUUUACUGCUUUUCCAUAUCCUUUUUAACAAAACUUUCUUAUGCAAUGUUUUUUUUUUCAUUAUCUGUUCUUCAUCGGACCAUGCCGACUUAAAUAUUCUCUAGGUACAUCGUGUACCUUGGAAAUGAAAUAUAUAAUGCGAUCAUAAACAGACAGACAGUUACAUUGUCAUCCCCGGAGACGCAUGUAAGAAACGUCCAAAUCGGCUCUCCCGCUCGUCCGGCCCGUGUGUCCUGUUUGCAUAAGUAGUUAAACAGCCCAGCCUGAACACGGAGAUGAGCUAGAGUGGGGGGUGACAGGACCGGUGCGUAAGCCUUACUCUCAAUGAGGAAAACACUGUGGACAUUAUUACCUGACGUGGAAAGGAGGAAAGGGGGUUGAUGAAACUUCAGGGAUACUUUCAUCCAGCUCUCUCGAGGGAAAAAAGGUUGUUUUAUGUUUAGCUUUUUUUUUCUUUUUUUUUUUACCGUCGAAGCUUCAGAUAUCUGACAUUUUGAGCUGUACGCAGUGGGGUUGUGUAGCCUGUAGUCCAUGUUCAAACUAAUGUCUUAAUCUUAUCGGUUUGACUGCACUCGUACACCUGUUGAAGCUUUUAACCUAUCAAAGAAAAUUGUCAUGUUGUCUAUUUCUUUAUUUUUCAGUUUGCAUUAGAUGAUUUUCAUUUUGAAGAGUAAUUUUUUUUGAAUGUUCUCUCUUUUUAUGUAUUAUUAUUAUGCUAUGAGUUUCAAAAGGCCAUUUAUAAAGUAGGCUAUUAUAUCAUUUUGCGAACCUGUCUGGGGCAACAAGAAAAAACACAUUAAAAUGUCCGUAGUAUAAGAAGUCAUAUAGCAACAUUAUUUUGAGUAAGGUUCUUUUGUUUUUUUUGUACUUAAUUAUUGUCUUGGCUGGUGCUACAGAUCAGUUUGAAUUGUAUUGUAUGGAUUCAUUUUGUGUAUUUUACUCAGAUGAGGAUGGUACAAGUUGCUCUAAUGUUACGGAGACUUAUUUUUUCUGAUCAUCACCCAAGAAUUGUGACUCCAUAUUUGUAGUUUACAUCAUCCCCACAAGAGGCUUCCAAGGAUUCCUUGUGUGAUGUCACUUCCUGUGGUAUGAAAAAAGACUGCCAAUUUCAAGAGAUUAUAACAAGCUUUGGCAUCUGCCUGACACAUCCUAGGGACGGAGCUAAUGAACUACUGUAUUUCCUGUAAUCCUUGUAAAAAGCUGUUGACCGAGCCAUUUUGAGACAGCGAGAUAUUUUUUUUCUGUUUUUGUUUGUUGGAAGUUUCUGGAAACAAACAGCACAAGUAUUCUGCCCCGCUCCAACUGCCUGGCGUUUGCAGGUCGUUCUGUGUGUCCUGGUCGCAUCAGCAAGUGUCAAAGCCGCUUACUCGAGUGUCCUGUCUGAAGAUAAACAAAAUACUGUUUUCAUGUCCUCAAAGUUUUUGUGGUAGGAGAAAUUGCUCAGCUUGAUUUGCGAUUACUGCUGUGUUUAUUUAUUUAUUGUUUGUUUAAUAUGUAAGGGAAUGUAAGUAUAUGGGAAGGAGGCUGAAGUGCCAAAUUCAAAAUUGGGAUAUGUUCAUGUUUUAUGCACUUCCAGGAAAUGACAGUGAAGACUUUGAGCUUGCAAUGGCUUCUGGGAAAAAACAAAACAGUGAUAUUAAAGAACACAUUUCUUUUGUUUUCCAAAAUAACAACAAUUGGCUUUUUUGAACUCUAUUAAAAUAACCAAUAACAUGCUAUGUUAGAUUAGGAAUAAAUAACAUACUUGUUAAGAACAAACUUGUGUUCCUAUUUUGGAAGACAGAAGAGACCUUAGAAUGGAACAAAUGUAAAUAAUUUAUAUGGUUACAUAUUUUAUUGGCAGACAGGUCAAUUGCACUCAUCACCGUGCUGUGCAAAGGGUUACCAAUUCAGAAGAUUAAAUUCUAAAUUUCAUGGAAAUGUUAGUUGUUUGCUAUCAUUGUAUAUUUCUUGAGUAGUGUACAAAAAGGACACUGAUUAAUUAUUGUUCAGGUCUCCAUAAUAUACUGUAUGUACUAAAAAUAUCCUUUUCAUAAGGGAAUUGCACACAGCUGUUGAAUUUUACAAUAAAAUUGUUGCAUUUAAACAAAA